UCAAGAUGGUAAAUGAUGAUGACAUUUUUCAUAAUUCCAUCCAUUGUUAGUUCCUAAACAUCAGUAGGUAGAAUUAAACAAAACAUUGAAUUAUUACAUAGAAAUAUGGUACAGUAUGUUUCCACUUCCAAUUUUUAUUGUGGAUGGUGUGUUUUAGUUUUUAUCAAGUAGUCCCACUCCCACCAUGCAGGAUGUGGUGGUUCGACCAUGGAGGUGCUGUAUCAGCUCAGGCAGCAGUAUGGCAAGGAGCUGGACAACUGGAAGGUCCUACUGAUCCAUGCAGGGGGGUACAGCCAGCGGUUACCAAGUGCCAGUGUCUUGGGCAAAGUCUUCCUGGCCACCCCUGUAGGCAGCCCCAUGUGGCAGAUGCUGGAGCUGAAGUUGGCCUUGUACAUGGACUUCCCACAACGCAUGAAGCCUGGCGUCUUCCUCUGCUCCUCCGACACAGUGGAGACCUUUGAGUGCCCGCCACGUGCAAACUGGUUCUUCACCCAGGAUGGUUUCACCGCCCUGGCCCACCCCUCCCCUGUAAGUAUUGGUACAGGCCAUGGUGUAUUCAUUCUGGACCAAUCAGAUAGUGUAGAUGGGGUUCCCCAUGAUAGUGUGGAGAUGAGGGAGUGUGUACAGUUCAUCCAUAAACCUACUGUAGAAGAGAUGCAUGCUAAAGGUGCUGUCCUACCUCAAGAAGCUUCAACAGUCUUCCUACAAAAUACAAACAAUGCAGAGCCCCUUGUGUAUACAGACAGUGCUUUCUACUUUGAUCACCAAACCGGGAACAAGCUGCUGGACUUCUACAAAAAGAACAAACCACUGAAUUGCGAGCUGGAGGCCUAUGGAGACUUUCUGAGACCUCUUGGGCCCAAUGCCACAGACGAGUACGUGAACAUCGCUGCAAAUGUUUGCGAGGCCACCUCAGAGCUGGCACCCACAAAGACAAAACUGUUCAAACUGCUGAAGGGGUUGCCACUACAUGUUGUACUCCUGAACAAUUCACGGUUCUACCACCUUGGCACCACUGCAGAAUAUCUGGACCAUCUCUGCUGUAACACAUCAUUCCAGUCUGAACUGGGACUGUCUCCUAAAGUCUUCACUGCCAUUUUUGACAAGGAAAACAAGGCAUCAGAAGCAUUACAUCAACUGCCAAAACUGUCACAAGUUCAGGAUGAAGUCUGUUUGAUGCACAGUGUUGUCUCCUCAGAUGCCACAAUCGGUAGGAGAUCAGUUGUUGAGUACGGCGACAUUGGCAAAGAUGUGAAUGUUGGAGCAAACUGCAUCAUCAGUAAUUGUGUGUUGGAAGCAAAAAUUGCUACAAGGUGUAUUGUGCCAGACUAUACCUUCAUGCACACUGUAGCUGUGGUAGAGAAAGAGACUAAACUUCUGAGAUAUGUGACUAUCGUCUUUGACAUCAGAGAUGACAUGAAGAAGAGUGUAGCUCCAAAUGAUGCUGGGAAGCUCAGGUACUAUGGGAUGUCACUAGACGAUGUUGCCAAGUGUCUUCAGAAACCAACACCACAGCAACUGUUUCCUAGCAACGCCCAAUCAUGCAGCCUUUGGAAUGGCAAAUUGUUCCCACUGUCAGAUGACAUGACCACUUCAGCAUCUGUUGCCAUGGAGAUGGUGAGAGCAUUGCAUGCUGGGAAGAAGUGCCCUGUGAGUGGUGACAUCACCAGGGUCUCUGUGGCUAAUGUGAUGAGUGAAAGGAGUACAGCAGGAAUGCUUCAGUUCAGAGAUGAACUCUUUGAUAAAAUCAGUGCUGCCUUCAACUUAAAGAAGUGAUUUGCUACAGGCUAAAUCUGAGAAAGAUAAGGACUAUCUUUGAUCAAGGUAAUUGGUCAAGGAUUGACUAUGGUAGUCAAUCACAAAUGGCAACCAUGAUUGUGUUUCUCUGCACAUCUCCUGAGUCACAACCUUCAUGACCACAACAAUAUCAUCUGGAUGAGAGGAAAAAAUUUUAUCAUUGUAAUGUGCAAUAGAUGAUAAGAUAAAACAUCAGUCUAUUAAAGUAAUCACUGAUAUGAAGGGCAGUUGCAGGAUGCAUGAAUGAACACAAGACAAACACACUAAUUCUAGGAAAGAAAUCUAGGAUAGAAUUCUAGGAAAGAAAGUUCAUGCCCGAAGGCUAAUUGCAAGUACAUGGUAGAAACAAAGAUAGGGGAUGUGCAUGAACAGUGAUAAAUAUUAUUGUACAAAGAGACUACUCGAAUACUAGUAUAUCUAGAUAGUUCAGGUUUUGAAUAGAUUUUCAUGUAUCAAUGUCUAAGGGUUUCUUAUCCACUACUAUAAUUAUAUAAAGGUCAACGCUCUCCACUUACAAGUUUGCUGUUAGAAGCCGUUGUUAUCAGAUUACUUCCACUGGGCACAAGUCAGCUGGAAUAAUUGUUGUGCUUGAGUCAUAACAAACAAUAAGGUGCGCAGACAUGUUCCAGGAUUGAUUGAUGGUCCUAUCCUUUGUAUGUGAUGGGAAUCAGACAGCGUGGGACCAGCAUGCAUUCGGUUUUUAUCUUCAACAUCAAAGUCUCUUUGUUCUUACUAUACCUAACUUGUUGUGUUCUCAGUGACAUGUUGGAAAGAUUUUCUUCUAACAAGAAGCUUCUGCUUCGUUCCAUUUGCACUAUAAUUGUGCAUAAUUCUUCUUACAGCAAAUUGUGACUUCUUCAUUUUCAAAGGGUCGUCAAACUUUAGUGAUACAAAUUACCUUACACGAGCCAAUGGAUCGUGACUAUAAGUAUUCGUACCUAUUUUGGCCAUUAGUGCAUGCGUGCAAGAUAUCAUUUAUAAUACAGAACAACAGAAAGUAGAGGUCAGAAAGAGUCGUAAAUCACGUGUUUGUGGACAGCUUAACUGUGACGUUUGACCCUGAUAUAAACAAAGAAAACCCGCAGCACCUGUGGCCUAUAACCUUUAUCGCAACAGUCUGAAUUAAGUCAUAACCAAAACAAGUACCUUUGGUAGCUUUGAUCUCCAUAAUUCCAGUUAUUAUAGGACUGUGAUUAGCAUGACAGAUUGCAUCAUUGACAAUACCUGAAACAUUGACUUUUAAGUGAUAUUUUUAUGACAACAUGGCCUUGUACUGUUGUAGAUGUUGUCCUCAAAACUAGUCCAGGCUUUUUGGUGUGUAGGUAUUAUGUAACCGUGCAUAAACCACCUUGGCCAUUGUUGUUAUCCUUUCAAGCUGUAAAUUAAAGAUUUGUAUUCACACUGUAGUAUAGCCUAGUCUUAUAAGUUCUUAAAGCACCUGUCAGUAGAAAGUCAUUCAAUUUUCUGAAGGACAUUAUAGUAUGUCCUUGGUUUCCACAACCUGCACAAGCAACACUAGAUAAUUCCAAACUCACAGUCUUUUUCCAAAAACUUUAAGAAACACUUGUUUGGAAGACACUAACAUUAUUUGAUACUGAUGUUAAAUCAUGAUGAAUAACAAUAUCAGUAACCAAAGUGAAACAGCUUUUAUUCUUGAAUAUAAUACUAGUAUACACAUUGUUUCUGAGGUUCCCAGAAUUAUGGCUCUUGUUCUCAGAAAUCUGUAGAACUACCCAUGACUCUAAAACAUUUCAUUAUAUGAAAUAUUUCAUUCUUACGGAUAUGGAUAUUUAAGUUUUUGUUACAUCAUGUGUGAUGGACAUCCAACAACAACACAUCAUACAUGUACUUGUAACGUUAGACAUUACAGUUGUAUUUCAUUUGGUCAAUUUGUUGGUUCUGUUAUUUACAUAUUAUUUGAAAUCUCUACUUUAAGGCUCUCUACUAGGGAAAGUCUUCCAUUUACUUAUGUCUUAUACAUGUACUUAAUGUGUCAAUAUGUAUUAUACAUUAAUAUUAUAUUUUUCAACACACUGGAAACCAUUUACACCUUACUCUGUUCAAUGUAUUAUUUGGUGAUAUAAGUGAUCAAUGUCCAGCUUUGUCCAACCUGGUUAUUUUGUUAGGUAAACAUUUCAUUUUCAAACACCGCAACUGGCGUUUUAGCUUAGAAUCAAUUAUUUCAUAUAUUUCAUAUCAUUUUUAAUUACAAAAUAUUAUUGCUAGAAGACUAGACAAAACUAAAAUGCAUAUUAAUAAAUGGGGAAAACUGAUUGGUUAUAUUUAAUUUGAUAUGUCUUUAUACUGCAACGGUAAUUGGGGUGCAAAUUCUAGAACUUCAUUUGUCAUUAAGGUCACUUUGCUUUACUUAUCAGGUCUAUAGUUUCUCACAUUUGUCUUUCUGUUUUUGAUUUACGUGCCAUGCAUGUGUAUGUAUGUUCCUUGUUCCUUUUCUUUGAAGAUCAAUAAAAAUUAUCUUUAAAAAAAAUAUAUUAUGCAUUCUGGUUAUAAGAUACGCAAGUAACGGUCCAUAAUGUUUUUGGAUAGAAUCAGCGGAUGCUGUCUGAAACAUCUGACUGUUUUCAGAUUAAUAGUUGCUUAAGUAAUUAUUACUUUGGGUAUCAGCCUUUUUUGUCC